AAAGCGCCGCUAUAUAUAUAUAACACACUAUCCUCCGUCCGAUCCAAUAUCCUCACACAGACAGAGAUCUGGUGGUAUUGUUAGGUUGGUGGCGACUGCGCGAGAAGGAAAGGUGUGCUUGUGUUGUUAGAUAUCACGCACGCACGCACGAGCCCCCGGUGAGGUGGUACCUACCUGCUCAGAAAUUUUAAUUAAAAAAUGUCCAACAUCGACAUAGAGGGAAUCUUGAAGGAGCUCCCCAACGAUGGUCGUAUCCCAAAGACGAAGAUCGUGUGCACGCUAGGUCCGGCAUCCCGGUCGGUGCCCAUGCUCGAGAAGCUUCUGAGGGCCGGCAUGAACGUCGCCCGCUUCAAUUUCUCUCACGGCACCCACGAGUACCACCAGGAGACCCUCGACAAUCUCAGGGUUGCCAUGCACAACACUCAGAUUCUCUGCGCCCUCAUGCUCGAUACCAAGGGACCUGAGAUUCGAACUGGUUUUCUUAAGGAUUCAAAAUCUAUUCAACUUAAAGAAGGCCAGGAAAUCACUAUAACUACUGAUUACAGCAUCAAGGGGGAUGAGAACAUGAUCUCCAUGAGCUACAAAAAGUUGGCUGUGGACGUAAAGCCUGGAAACACCAUCUUGUGUGCAGAUGGCACCAUUACCCUCACUGUCUUAUCUUGUGAUCCAAAUUCUGGGACUGUGAGAUGCCGUUGUGAGAACACCGCCAUGCUGGGUGAGAGAAAAAAUGUCAAUCUUCCUGGUAUUGUAGUGGAUCUUCCCACUCUGACAGAAAAAGAUAAGGAAGACAUUCUGGAAUGGGGUGUUCCCAACAAAAUUGAUAUGAUUGCUCUUUCAUUUGUACGCAAAGGUUCAGAUCUUGUCAAUGUCCGUAAGGUUCUUGGGCCCCAUGCCAAGCAUAUACAAUUGAUGUCAAAGGUUGAGAACCAGGAGGGAGUCAUCAACUUUGAUGAGAUCUUGCGUGAGACAGACUCGUUCAUGGUUGCACGUGGUGAUCUUGGAAUGGAAAUUCCAGUUGAGAAAAUCUUCUUGGCUCAGAAAAUGAUGAUAUAUAAGUGUAAUCUUGUGGGCAAGCCUGUCGUCACUGCUACUCAGAUGCUUGAAUCCAUGAUCAAGUCUCCCCGACCAACUCGCGCUGAAGCCACUGAUGUAGCUAACGCUGUCCUUGAUGGCACUGACUGUGUCAUGCUUAGUGGUGAGAGUGCAGCUGGGGCAUACCCAGAAAUCGCUGUGAAGAUUAUGGCUCGAAUUUGUAUAGAGGCAGAAUCAUCCCUUGACUAUGGGGCUAUCUUUAAGGAGAUGAUUAGGUCAACCCCACUUCCAAUGAGCCCGUUGGAGAGCCUUGCAUCAUCUGCUGUUCGGACUGCUAACAAGGCCAGAGCAAAACUCAUUGUGGUGUUGACACGUGGAGGAACCACAGCCAAGUUGGUUGCCAAGUACAGGCCAGCUGUUCCAAUCCUGUCAGUAGUUGUUCCAGUUUUGACGACAGACUCUUUUGAUUGGACCUGCAGUGAUGAGACACCAGCAAGGCAUAGCCUGAUAUACCGGGGUUUGGUUCCUCUACUGGCUGAAGGAUCUGCCAAAGCCACUGAUGCAGAAUCCACAGAGGUGAUUUUGGAAGCCGCCCUGAAGUCGGCGGUAGAGAAGGGAUUGUGCAAGCCUGGUGAUGCAGUGGUGGCCCUUCAUCGAAUUGGAGUUGCCUCCGUGAUUAAGAUCUGCGUUGUGAAAUGAUAUGGUAUGCAGAAUACAAUGCUUGGCAUCUAGUGGACUUAUGUUUCACUUUUAUCUCUUCUAUGCUUGUGCUAUUUAUUACCCCUCUUCAGCUGUUUUUCAUCUUUCUUGAGCUAUGUUGGAGGAUACCUCUUGCCUGUAUUUGCUUUUUUUUUUUUUUAAUGGUUGGCUAAUGUUAUGGAAUCCUCUACAAUUGGCCCGGUAGAAAUAAGAGUCAGGGCUAUGUGGUGAUUUCAA